UGUCCCAAUCUGAAAAGUAGUACCAAAAAAAAAAAAAAAAAAAGGAACUUUUUGAUAUACUACAAGAAAUAUUUGUUAUUUUUUAAUAGUUAAUUUGCAAAUUUAUUUGCUCCUAUAUGUGAUAAUGGGUCUAAAGUUAUGAUCUUGUACUAAUCUGUAAAAUAAUACUAAUCCAUUUUAUGAAACUUUUUUAUAAAAAGAAAAGGAAAAACGAAAAUAAAGAACUUUCAGAUAUAAUAAAAAAAAAAAAUAUUUGCUGUUAUUAUGAGUUAUUUUGCAAAUUUAUUUGCUUCUAUAUGUGAUAAUGAAUCCAAAGUUAUGAUCUUUUACCAAUCUGAGAUUAGUAUUAAUUAAUUUUCUGAAACUUGUUUCUCAGAAAAACAAAAGGAAAAAUAUAAAAGAAAGAACUUCCAGCUAUAUUAACUUAUUAAGAGCCCAUUUAGCCAUGAAAAUUGUGAAAUUAGAAAAAAAGUAACUUUUGUUUCAAAGUGAAAAAUGGUAUUUGGAAAUUGGAAUUUUUUUUUUUUUUUUUCCAUAUGAGUAUUCAUAUUCACUUUGCUGACAUUGCAUAAAAGUAAGGCUCAUCUCUGAUUUCCUAUAUUUGUUGUUUGUAUGAGUAAAUUUGCAAAUUUAUUUGUUCUCAUAUGUGAUAAUGGCUCCAAAGGUAUGAUCUUGUACCAAUCUUUCAGAUAUACUAAGGAAAAAAAAAACCACGUUGAUUUUUCGGAUAUUUGUUGUUAUUACGAGUUAAUUUACAAAUUUAUUUGCUUCUAUAUGUGAUAAUGGCUCCAAAGUUAUGAUCUUGAACGAAUCUGUAAAGUAAUACGUAUCAAUUUUCUGGAAUUUUUUGUAAAAAAGAAAAGGAAAAAAGAAAAGAAAGAACUUUCAGCUAUACUAAGAAAAGAACAAUCCACCGCGAGUUUUCAGUUCUCGCUAUGAAAAUCAACUUUUUCCGGUUUUGGGGUCAAUUGCGUUCAAACUCAGUUCUUCAGAUACCCAAAGUUCUUUACUUUCUUUUGAUUUGAGGUUUGGAGUUGAAAUUUGAAACAUAGCGUCUCAUGAUUUCAAGACUUUGAUGACUCAGACUGAGAUCUCAUUUUAGUAAUUUUAACGAAAGGUUUUGUUUGACUUAUUCGCGUGAAAUGGCAGAGAUUUUUGGAUAUACAGCAUGCAGACAAUUAUUGCAAAUGCUCAUUUCAAUAAUAUUCUUCCACGUUUCCGAGUACAUUCUGGCACUUGUCAUUCAUGGGAAGUCAAACGUAUCUCUUAAGUCGCUUUUGAUAAGUAAACAUUAUCUACUGGCAAUGAUUUGCUCGUUGAUAGAGUACCUUAUUGAAAUUUAUUUCUUUCCUGGCUUAAAGGAAUAUUGGUGGAUAAGUAAUUUGGGCCUUGCACUGGUUGUUCUUGGAGAAAUCAUAAGGAAGUUGGCCAUUGUGACAGCAGGCCGAGCCUUCACUCAUCUAAUAAAAGUUUAUCACGAGGAAGAUCAUCAAUUGGUUACAGAUGGGAUCUAUAGAUUUGUCCGACAUCCCGGUUAUUGUGGUUUCUUCAUCUGGUCUGUUGGUACUCAAAUAAUGCUUUGUAAUCCAAUAUCAACCGUUGGAUUUGCAGUGGUUGUGUGGAAAUUCUUCUCGUCAAGGAUACCUUACGAGGAAUUUUUCCUCAAGCAGUUCUUUGGUUCUGACUACGAAGAUUAUAUGAGAAAAGUUCCUUCUGGUAUUCCACUUGUGAAGUGAUUAUUCAACAAAUCCUCUUGAGGGCUCUGUAUACGUGCCCAUCAUCCUUGUUCAUUGUGCUUCCUCAUCUGAUCACUGGUGCCGAGACAAUUGAGUCAGGAAUUUUAUUUUCUUGGACACUCAUACGUUUCUCAUAACGUGAAGUUUGCCGAAAAAAGUUCCUCUAAGAUAUUACUUCUGAGGCGAUGCUUCUCUUUACAUUUGUGGAGUGUUUUUAUCUUAUUUGUAUAAUCACGCUCUUGUAGUAUCAUGUUGUUAGUUAGGUAGGUCUUCCUAACCUUGUCCCAAAUUCAGGUUCUUUGCUAGGUCUUAUGGGGAGCUGCAAGUUAACUGUAUCAUGUACGUACGGCCAAUGUUGCUCAAACUCCUCAAAAAAAUGUUGGCGGGUGUGUGUCGGAUCCUCCAAAAGUAGUGCAUUUGUGAAGGAUCCGAUACAGGUGCAACGACAAUUUUUGGAGAGUCCGAGCAACAUAAGGUUAUGGCUGAUGGGAAUUGUGUUAUCAUGCUCUUAAGGAGAAAGGCCUCGCAACAUUUUCUGUAAUUUGACAUAUUCACUUCAUCUCAAUUAUGUUUGAUUUCUUUC